AUGUCCAGAGAACACGAUCACAUGUCCGAUCAGUUCGUCGCCGAUGACCCUAGUAGUCUCCCUCAUGAAAUUCGAACCCAUGAGGAUGAUGUCGAGGGCCAAGUUGUUAAUCGAUCACCUGAUCGGGCCCGCAAACCUUCACCUAUUGCCGUCGAUCAAGACAAAGCAUAUGGCGAUGAUGACAACAUCAUCGACACCAGCUUUCAACCUUUGGAUGCAUCAGAUCAGGCUGAUAUAUCUAUGUCGACAUUAUCCUCCAAAACUUUGGAUGGUUCAGAGCUGGCUGAUAUAUCUAUAUCUUCCACGGGACAUAUAAAAAGGGCCGCUGUAGUACCUUACUAUGAGUAUAUUGAAGAUCUAAGUUCCAAAGAAGAAGGAUAUAUUUAUCGAUUGAAACCGAAGAAAAUUAAAGACAAUGCUAAUCAUUACGAUCAAUACGAGGAUGUUAACCAAAUAGAAGAUCGAAUUGGAUUCAGAGGAUAUUCCUUAAUCAAGGCUGCUGCAUGCAAAGAUGAGGAUUGGGUUGUGCGAUGGAUAUAUAUUUAUCACCGAGAGAUUUCAGGCUGGUAUCAUCUCAAGUUCCAUAAUUCUUGGGAUCAGAUGGCGUCACAAGGGCAUGCCCAUUGUUUUGAGCGUGCUCUAAACAAUAGGUACGUUGAAAUGGCCCUGAGAAGCUUCAUACACGAUCUCUUCAAGAAGAUGGAUGGAGGCGGGCAUUUGGAGAUAGACCCUGUUAUUCAAUUAUGGCACCAAGGUGCAUCAGCUAUGAAGGUCAGCCGGAUGUGCGUAAUGCAAUCAUCAGGCUCCCCUUACGACGACGAGCCUAGGUGGAAAAUAAUCGAAGAGCAAACCGCUGUUAGCCACCGAUACAUAUGCAAGGACAACUAUUACAAUCCACCAGCAAGACGUGGAGUGUGGAGUGAUCUUAUUUAUGCCUUUCAUCAUUACACCUAUGAUUUCAGUGCGAGCCAGACUUUGAUUGCAAACCUGGACUGUGACCGGCAUGGACACAUAAGCAACGUUGUAUGUUUGGAUAAAAAGAGUACACCUUACCACAGCUGCGAAAACCCAAGUAUAGCAGAUAAUAUCAAACGUGCAUUCAGACAAUUUGCUGAGCAACAUGAGUGUAAUGAGAUAUGCGAAGUUCUUGGAAAUGUGGCGUUAGGCAAAUUGGAUGCGAGUGAGAAUAAGAAGUGA